UGAAUAUGACGUCACAGCCAAGAGACUACGGCGCGCCAUUUGUGACUAGAGCGGAAAGUGCGGAGUGAGACAGUAGGAGCAACAUCUCAGCAUUCUCAUGGAUCUUUGAAAUAAAGCCAGCUGGUUCUUCAUCAAAAACACGCAGCAAAAUGGACAAUCUAAAGCGGAAAUUAAGGUCUGGAAAAGAGAUUUCACAGGACAAGAACAAAGCCACCAGCAAUACUAAGACAGAAGAUGUUCCAUAUGCACCUAAACGGACUAAAGCUUCAAAAGAUCAAGGAGAGGAUGAAGAAAGCGAACAAGUUCUGACCGGCAUAUCAGAGGACCAGAGGUCUAUUUUGACACCGUCUAAUGAACACAGCUCUUCAGAAAUAACUGAGCUUUUGGUUUGUUCACAUUGCAGUUUUUUAGCAAAAACUCAAACUGCACUGAAAAUUCACUCAAAAAGGAAACAUUCUCAUGGGAUAGACUUAAACAUCGACUGUGUCCCUGAAGAGAGUCCCGACGCAAUGACAACAUCUGAAAAGAACUUUGUGCAAAAGAAAGGGUUACAGGUAAAACAACUUUCAGAGCCACAAAUGGAAAAUGCUUCAAUGUCUCUGUCAGAGGAAGUGAACACUGAUAGACGAUUGGAUGGAAGCAUAGUUUUAACAGACUGUAAACAUACACAUGAGUCUUUUGCUGUUGGUACGUCUAAGGAUGAACGAACCAGUCCCACUAAGAUGCUACUGCAAAUUGUAGAGCCCAAUCCACAUAAAGGUGAUGCGCAAGCAGGUUGCAGUUUUCACAUAAAAAAUAAGUUGAAGAGUAAAGAAUGUGAUGAAAUAAAUGGACGCAAUGAAAACCACAGAGGUCAAAGGCAUUCAAAGCCUGAAAGUGUGUAUGCAUGUUCCUACUGUGGACAUGAAUUCAAAGACGAACCUAGUUUGGAAACACACAUCAAGAGGAUACACAAUAAAGAAAUGAGUUACCUCUGCAAUUUCUGCAGCUAUUCUUGCAUUGCGAAGAGUGAUUAUGAAAAGCACUGCCUGAGCAAUAAGCACAAAAAAAAGCAACGAGAGUCGUCAAAAGCAGAGGAGGCAACGCUUCCAGAAUCAGUUCCGUCUCCAUCAGCAACACAUACGCCAACACUGUCUGCAGGAAGCGUGUCACAGCAUCAGUGUGAAAUGUGCACCUUCACAGCCGACAGCACAGUGAUGUUAGCUCAACAUAUCAAAAUGCAUCAUCCGGUAGAGCACCGUUUUCACUGUAGGGCAUGUCAUUACUACACCAACACAACAGAAUCUAUGGAAAUCCACCUGUCUGAAGAAGCCCACCAGGAGCUGGCCAAAGAGCAAAACAUUAGCCCUCUGUUUAAAGACUGUGUUGAAAAAAUCGUUGUGAUUUUCUCCGAUGAUCAGGAAGAGGAUGCAGAAAUUGUUCAAAAACAGUGUGUUGAGUUGAAUGUAUCAGUAGAGCCACCCGAGACAGUAAGAAAAGGCUCCUGCAAGCAGAAGCGAGGUAGACCAAAGACAUCUAAUGUGACUGUUUGUAGCCAUUGUGGACUUGUUGCUUCCAAUGCAACCAACCUCAGCGUGCAUAUACGACGCAAGCACAGUCGGAUGUACAGCUUUGUUUGUAAGCUAUGCAACUACUACUGUGUGACCAAAGGAGACAUGGACCGCCACUGUGAAACCAAAAAGCACAUCAACAAAACGCAAGCAGCCGAAGGUAAAGGCACCAGAGUAGUUCCACUAGACAAUGAGCGGCCGGGUCAAGCAAAGGAAAAUGAGGCAGAGCUAGUUGACAAAGUGGCAGAAAUUGAGACAACCAUAAAUGACAUGAAUGCAAAUCACUCCGGUGUACCUUGUAACAAAAGCAAGGAUCACAUGGCAAAUUCUUGCUCUCAGUGUGACUUUGUUGCUCACUCUGCACUGUCUCUUGCUCUCCAUGUGCGGCGUAAGCACACAAAAGAUUUUGAGUUUGUCUGUGUUGCAUGCAGCUACUACACUGUGACUCGCAGAGAGAUGUUUCGGCACGCAGCAACAGAAAAACACAAGCAGAAACGUCAGAGCUAUCUGGAGAGACAGAAAAGUCCAUCUGAUCUCACUUCAGGGAGUAUCGAGCACACUUGUGAUGAGGCAGAGACACACGUAGGAUCAGACCCGAGCUCUGACAGUUCUGAUCAAACAGCAGCGGACACCACAACUACAAAGCAUUUUAAAGUUGAUGAUGAAACUUUCAAAACUGCUUUUGAGAUUACAUCCAAUGAGGGCAAAGAAUCGGUGACGGAGUCAGCCAUGCCUGAUACAGUCCAGCCAAUGACAGCGGAGAAAAAUGCAGCACUGGGCGAGGUGGGGGAGGAAUGCAUGCUUGAUGAGGACAAAAUGACUGACUUGGGGGAUGAUGGUGCCUCUAAGGAAAAACAAAUUGGCAAAAAUAUUCCAAUUGAUGUCUGCAUUUUUUCCUUAAAAGCCUUAGCAGAGCAUGAGCAGGGGUCACCUGAAGGAGACCACACUAUAGACACAUCAAAACAGCAGGAUGCCAGAAAGCCCAAAACACUGGUUGGACCUGAGACAAAGACCACCAUGCCAAACCCACAGAUCCGCUGCGAGGACUGUGGAUUUUUGGCAGAUGGCUUAAGUGGCCUAAAUGUCCAUAUCUCCAUGAAGCAUCCAUCCAAGGAGAAGCAUUUCCAUUGCCUGCUCUGUGGAAAGUCUUUCUACACUGAAAGUAACCUGCAACAGCACUUGAGCAGCGCAACACACAUGCGCAAUGAGCAGGGAAGCGUUGAGGAUCUUCCAGAAGGAGGCGCUAGUUUUAAAUGUGUCAGGUGCAAUGAGCCAUGCCAAACAGAGCAGGACCUGUUCGUGCACAUCAAAGAGAAACAUGAGGAAAUGCUUAAAGAAGUGAACAAAUAUGUGCUGGAGGACACCGAGCAAAUCAAUCGAGAGCGUCAGGAGAACCAGGGCAAUGUGUGCAAGUACUGCGGCAAAGUCUGCAAGAGCAGCAACUCAAUGGCUUUCCUGGCUCAUGUUCGCACACAUACAGGAUCCAAACCAUUCAUGUGCAAGAUAUGUAACUUUGCCACCGCUCAGCUAGGUGAUGCCCGCAACCACGUCAAGAGGCACCUGGGCAUGAGAGAGUACAAGUGUCACAUCUGUGGAUGGGCGUUUGUAAUGAAAAAACAUCUUAACACCCAUCUGUUGGGAAAACAUGGACUGGGCCAACCCAAAGAGAGGAAGUUUGAGUGCGAGAUGUGUGAGCGGAACUUUAGUGAGAAAUGGGCUCUGAAUAACCACAUGAAGCUGCAUAUGGGAAACAAACCGUUUAAGUGUAGUUGGCCUUCAUGCCAUUAUGCUUUUCUGACUCUGUCUGCAAUGAAAGACCAUCUCAGAACACACACAGGGGAGAAGUCUUUCCUUUGUGAUCUCUGUGGGUUUGCUGGUGGGACCCGUCAUGCCUUAACCAAACACCGCCGCCAGCACACAGGCGAACGUCCCUUUAAAUGUCAACUGUGCAACUUUGCCUCAACCACACAGUCUCACCUGACACGCCACAAGCGUGUGCACACUGGAGAGAAGCCCUACCGCUGUCCCUGGUGUAAUUACAGAUCCAACUGUGCAGAGAACAUCCGUAAGCACAUCCUUCACACAGGCAAGCAUGAGGGAGUGAUGAUGUAUAACUGCCCGUUGUGCAGCUACGGCACCAAUGCCCCGAUGGACUUUAGAAAUCAUCUCAAAGAGACCCACCCUGACAUUGAAAACCCAGACUUGGCUUAUCUUCAUGCAGGUAUUGUGUCCAAGUCUUUCGAGUGUCGUCUGAAGGGACAGGGGGCAUCCUUUGUGCAAACAGAGGCUGCUUUUGCCCCAGAUGAAACCAAACUGGGCUCAGAGACGGUUCAGCAGGUUAUCAUCAUUCAGGGCUACGAUGGGGGAGAGGUGGCCAUCAAUCAGGCCCUGGAAGAGUCUGCUGCAGCCACUCUACAGACCCUCGCUAUGUCCGGUCAAAUGGCCGAGGUGCUGCACAUCACUGAGGAUGGCCAGCUCAUCACUUCUGGGCAAGAGGUGUCCUCAGUGGAGGCCCAGCUCAGGGAAGGGCAGAUCCAGAUUCCAGGUACCACCACCCAAUAUGUGCUUGUGGAGUCAUCCGGAGAGACUGUAGGAAAAAUCAGACAAGAAGGCGAGGGUGCUCCCACCAGUAUGUCAGAGUCUGCUCUGGAUGCCUUGCUUUGUGCUGUUACAGAGCUGGGGCAACAGGACAGCGCUGGAGAGGGAGAGAUUACCACCACCACAGUCUCAGAACAGAUCCCAGAAGAGAUUGAAGGUCAUCUAUCCCAGGCAGAGAGACAGAGUGAAGGGCAUAUGUAUGAAGAGGUCACCGAAUCAGUGGGUGUGAUGGCUGAGGUACUGGGUUCUACCCAUGAGCCCGCAUCCAUGGAAAUGCAAGAGGUGCUACAGUUUGCAGCUAGUCAGAUAAUGAUGAGAGAGGGUCUUACUCAGGUUGUCGUCAAUGACGAGGGGACACAUUACAUAGUCACGCAGCUUGACGGCUCAACUCUACAAGUGGAGGGUACUAUAGAAGACCCAUCUGGAGAGGAGACAAUAGUGUACUCCAAAAUUAGUCCCGAGUGAGGGGAAGGCAUGACAGAUUGUAGAUCCUUUUGAUACUUUUCUUUUUACUAAAAUGAUAGCGCACUAGUGUUCUUUCCUUCAGAGACUCAUCAGUAUCAUUUCCUGUGACCAUUCAAAAGCAAGCUUAUUGGGAUUCACUGAUGUUCUAUGAAAAGGCAGAAUUUUGCUCAUGACCCAGGGUCACAUGGGCACAGUUAUUAACUUAAAAUGCAAAACUCUACUUUUUUAGAUGACUAACAAAACCUUGUUUAACAUAAACAUUUUGCAUACUUAAAAUACAAUUCCUUGUUUGUGAACUGAGGGCUAAACGUCUGAUUCAAUAAAAUACUAGCCAACAAAAAGCAGACCUUAAAAUAAAAAGUAAAUAUAUAUUCAUCACCAAGAAAAUAGAUGAACUUAAAUUUGAAAGUACCUACUAUUAUGUUUACAAUCAGUUGCUAUUUAAGAAUUUUACUUUAGUGGGAUGUGAUCUGUUGAUUGUUGUGAUCUGUGUUGAAUUGUUUUGCUCAUUUUUGGCAGUCUGGCAUUCAUUAUUAAAGUAAAGCAUUGAAUAAUGCUGUUUGUCCUCUUUUCUAAUAAAAAAAAAAUGUU